GUGGUGGGGAUCAUGGAGUCAUCUCUGGUGGUGCGUGACCUCCACUCCCAAUCCCCUCCCGCCUACGAAUCCCGCGAUGAGAUCAACCCGACUCUGUUGAUGAGUUGGUGGGCCACCAUCUUUUCCGCCGUUAUUAUCGUCGUUCGACUGUGUGGUCGCUAUGUUCGUAUCGAGCGUUUCUUCCCAGAGGAUAAAGUUAUGAUGCUUAGCAUGAUCCCUCUUUUCAUUCGUAUGGUCUUGGUCCAUUUCGUCCUGGUCUAUGGAACAAACAAUGUGCAGGCAAGUGGGUUAUCAGCAGAGCAAAUAUCGAAAAGAGAAAUUGGAAGUAAGCUGGUUCUGGCAGCUCGGAUCUCUUAUGCAAUCUUUAUCUGGACAGCUAAACUCACCGUCUGCGAAUUCCUUAAACGAGUCACGGGUAUGAUCUGGAGGAGAUCGGUGGAGAAUUUCUUGCGUUUGGUGCAUUUCUUUCUAGCAUCCACGUUGGUCGCUGUGGUGAUCGCAACAUUGGCUGAAUGUCAGCCGUUCAAUCACUAUUGGCAGGUGGUUCCAGAUCCCGGUCCAUCUUGUCGAUGUGGUUAUGCGCAGUUAAUCACUAUGGGGUCUUGCGAUGUGAUCACCGAUCUCCUUUUAAUCGCUUUCCCCGUUCCGAUCAUCCUCAUGUCCCAAAUGCCGCUCAAACGAAAGUUAGCGCUCGUCAUUCUCUUCUGCCUCUCCCUAAUCCUCGUCGGAAUCACCUGUUACCGUGUCCCAUCAGUCAUCGAACGACACGGAAAUCAACCAUAUCGAUCUCUUAUCGCGUCGCUCGAGAUUCUCGCCGCAACCGCAGUUUCCAAUGCUCUCGUCAUCGGCUCUUUCGUCCGCGACCGUGGGGUUAAGAAACUUAAAUACAAGCGUGAAAUCGGGUCCGCGUCCGUUAGUGAAAGUAUGGACAAUACAACCGUUCGCCGAAAUACGGUGAUGCAUCAUCAAUGGGGCAGCGAUUGUGAUCUUGCAGCAGAUCUGGGUAUUCGACUCGACCCUGAGCUUUAUCCGCAGAAAUCUCAUCCUCGAGCUAUUGCAGCCCAGCCACCACCAGACCCGAUAAUUAGUGCUCAUACUGGGUCUCUUGAUCCUGCAUGGUCCUUUAACCAAGAACGUGUCUCUGGUGAUGACCAUGCAUCCACCUCCGACAGUCUGGAAAUGAAAGUGAGCCCACAUGAGUAUAUCAAAACGAACCAAUCCCCACGCGAGAGGCCUUUCCCAUCGCCCUCCACUGUCUCUUCUCGCCGUGUCUCAUUUUUCGAUGUUGGGGGCCUUCUGAACCAAGAUACUCCACCACAACAACAUCCCCACACUGCUCCGUCUAGUCCUCAAUCUCCAACUGGUGACCAUGUUGGCCGCCUGGCUCGUGGGAGAAGAGCGUUCUUCGAAGACUUGGGUGUUCUUACUCCCCGUUCACCCACCACACAAUCUCAUCAGACCAACCGACCUCUAUCAUAUACCCUUCCCCUUUACCGCUCCGCCUCCGAUGUCUCAAUUCCUGUGGAUGUUGAGCUACAGGAUGUCGGUGGACUUUUAAGGAAUUCCACACCCAGACCUUGA